AUGCGGGCGGCCAUGGCGCGACGGGCAGUGGCAGCGACUGAAAUGACCCGGCCACGGCCGUGCUUUGCCCCCGCGGGUAUGCCAGUCGGCACCCAAGCAGCCGAGCGCUUGGCCCAGUUUGCGCAGAGGUCGCGCGGCUCGCUGGUCUGCCUGACGGGCGCCGGAUUUUCCACCGAGUCCGGGAUCCCGGACUACCGGAGCCCCCAGGGGUCCUACUCCAAGGGCCACAAGCCCAUGACCCACCAGGAGUUCGUGUCCAGCUGCCUGAACCGCCGGCGCUACUGGGCCCGCUCUCUCAGGGGCUGGCGGUACUUCGACGGUGCUGCCCCGAACUCUGCACACCGAGCGUUGGGGGUGUUGGAAGACGCCGGGUAUGUGCAGGCGGUGAUCACUCAGAAUGUCGACGGUUUGCAUCAAAGGGCUGGGUCUCAGAAUGUGAUCGACCUCCAUGGGCGCAAUGACCAGGUCGUGUGCCUGACCUGCUCUCGCUCGCGUCCGCGUGCCGGCUACCAGUUGGAGCUUGAGGAGGUGAACGCCGCGUGGAUGGACGCCUUCCUCCCCCCACAGGAGGUCAUGGACAUCCGCGCCGACGGCGAUGCUCACCUGGACGUCCGCAGCUUCGACGGUUUCGUGGUGCCUCCCUGCAAAGCCUGCGGGGGGGUCUGGAAGCCGCGGGUGGUCUUCUUCGGCGGAUCCCUGGAGUCCUCGGUGAAGCUCGAGGCCCAGGAGGCGCUAAGAGGAGCGGAGGCUCUGCUGGUGAUGGGAACCUCCGCCAAAGUCUUCAGCGCCUUCUCUUUGAUCCGGCUCGCGGCGGAGGCGAAGAAGCCCGUGGCCCUGGUCAACAUCGGAGAGACCCGCGCAGAUCCUCUGGUUUCUCCGGACCUCCGCAUGCACAUGCGCUGCAGCGAAGCGCUCUCCGCGCUCUGCCACCAGCUGAGACUCCCCGCGUGA